CCCAUCCCGUGCACCGCCUUCACCGACGUCGAGUCAGGAUGGCGAGUGCUUUAAACGUCGUGAUUUACCAAUAGGAGUCGCUAAAUCGGAUAAAAAGCCAGGAACCAUCCGUACACGGCGCGCCCCGUGGCCUGAGCCGUUGUUCACCUCGUCGCCCAACCCGUCGCCGGCACUGUCGCCCUCCUCGUCGGCCAACUCGCCGCCGGCCCCGUCUCCCGUUUGUUCGCCCGACCCAUCGCACUACCUACGGCCGGCCGUGUCGCCUGCCCCGUCACUCGGACCAUGGUCGGUUCCGUCUCCUACCCCGUCACUCGGAUCAUGGUCGGCUCCGUCGCCUACCCGGUCACUCGGAGAAUGGCCGGCCCCGUCUCCCGUCCAUUCGCCCAAGUCGACGCCCGCCCCGUCAGCCAACUCGUCGCUGACCCUGCCACCGAUCCGGUGUCCCGUGCCGGCACCCAACCGGUCGCCAAGGCCGGCCCUGUCGCCUACCCCGUCACUCGAACCAUGGUCGGUUCCGUCUCCUACCCCGUCACUCGGACGAUGGUCGGCUCCGUCUCGUACCCUGGCACUCGAGCCAUGGCCGGCUCCGUCGCGUACCCGGUCACUCGGAGAAUGGCCGGCCCCGUCUCCCGUGCCGGCACCCUACCGGUCGCCAUGGCCGGCCCUGUCGCCUUCCCCGUCACUCGAACCAUCGUCGGUUCCGUCUCCUACCCCGUCACUCGGACCAUGGCCGGCUCCGUCGCGUACCCGGUCACUCGGAGAAUGGCCGGCCCCGUCUCCCGUGCCGGCACCCUACCGGUCGCCAUGGCCGGCCCUGUCGCCUACCCCGUCACUCGAACCAUCGUCGGUUCUGUCUCCUACCCCGUCACUCGGACCAUGGCCGGCUCCGUCGCGUACCCGGUCACUCGGAGAAUGGCCGGCCCCGUCUCCCGUGCCGGCACCCUACCGGUCGCCAUGGCCGGCCCUGUCGCCUUCCCCGUCACUCGAACCAUCGUCGGUUCCGUCUCCUACCCCGUCACUCGGACCAUGGCCGGCUCCGUCGCGUACCCGGUCACUCGGAGAAUGGCCGGCCCCGUCUCCCGUGCCGGCACCCUACCGGUCGCCAUGGCCGGCCCUGUCGCCUACCCCGUCACUCGAACCAUGGUCGGUUCCGUCUCCUACCCCGUCACUCGGACCAUGGCCGGCUCCGUCGCCUACCCGGUCACUCGGAGAAUGGCCGGCCCCGUCUCCCGUUCAUUCGCUCAACAAUAGCCGUCGCCUAACUCGUCGCUCAACUUGUCGCCGUCUGAGUACUACUAAACAUCCGUAAAUAGCAGAUGUUGCCGAAUCCGCUGGCGUGAAGGCAAACUACUAACAAACCCAACACUAAACUAAAAGCCAAGAUAGGCGAAGCGCAAGUGCCAUGAUCACGGGACGACGAAACAAUGUACGUAUAGAAAUACAUAAUUACUGAAAAUUUCAGCUGUGGAGCUGUUGCGUUUUUUGAGAUACAGUUGAUGUUUCUUACUAAAGGUAGGAGAAAUAAAAGGUUUCGAAGGAGCGGCGAGUGGUAAUUUUAUGUAGGGUAUUAAUGACAUUGUAACGAAUAUACUAAGGGGAUGACUCAGACUAUGAUUCUGAGUUAAUAUCAAGUGGAAUUUUCCGUCGCAAAAUUCAUGAUGAUUUUUUAGACUUUUUUGAUAAUUUUCAAUUCUAUACUUUUGCGAUGGAAAAUUCUACUUGAUAUUAAUCAGAGUAAUCAACUGAAUCACCCCUCUCACUAUUUGUUACGAUGUCACCUUACACCCCAUACAAAUAAAUACAGGUAGCCAUACAAGUACGUACGGGUGUUAGUGACACCAUAACCAAUACUGAAGGGGAUGCUUCAGACCAUGAUUCCGAGUCGAUAUCAAGUGGAAUUACCUGUUGAAAAAGUUUUCUUCUGUACUUUUGCGACGGAAAUUUCCACUUGAUAUCAACUCAGAAUCAUGGUCUGAAUCAUCCCUCGAAGUUUUCGUUACGAUGUCACUAACACUCCGUAUACAUUAAUUAGCUCUGUAUAUUGUAAUUAUUUCCAUCUCUGUUAUCAUGUAUCAGUCAGUAUCUAUCUAAUCUUACUGACGCCUUAUGAGUCGCAUUUUUAGGUGUGGAUUGGCUUGCUGGUGGUGAUGUGUCUAAGUUACCACGCGUCAAAGUGCUCGGCUUUCUGUUUUCGAUUUGAGAUUUUUUUUCUUCAAUCUUCUUUAAUUCCGAUGAUUCUAGCACUAUUUUUUGAUCCAUAGGUGCUAAGUCCUUCUGAAUUCGUUUUUCAAUAGCUUCUAAGGUCACUUUUGCCAUAUUGACUUAAAUGUCGGCGUUAGUUAUGAAUUAAGAAGAGAAAUUGAUCAAAUCGGAAAAUAAAAUGAAGUUACAUCACUUCCGUUAUGAAGUUGCAACGCUCCGACGAAAGGUGGCGUACGGCCAGAGCUGCGUGAAGUCGAGGGAGUCACUACAGAGUCGUCGUGUCGAGCGGACGUGCACUGCCGUUCUAGUCGGGCAGUCUACCGCGAACCUUCGUCGUGAACGGACGUGUGGAAUAAUUACGAUCGGAACGUGGAGUGCUAUAGUCGCUCACCUAUAACUUGUAGGGACGUUAAGAAAGUGUGAUCGGAAAAGAGCACCUAGCAAGUACGUUCACAUGGCCCGAUGAUUCGGUCCGAAUGUUGGAACCAUGGGUGGUGGAGGGCCCCUUCGCGCUAACGUCCUUAUGCGCGCUAGAUAACGAGAGACUGUGUAACCGUUACGAAUACUGUGACGUUGCCGUGAGUGUGUACCUUAUGCUGUGACUUUAUUUAAUCGUGAUACAAAAACUAUGUGGAAGUAAAUAAAAUGAUUGUGAUACUGAUGACGGCCAUUAUUGUCUUCUAACGCCCACUCUUCUAACGCCCAUCCCUUCUGACAUCACACCACUGUUACGACAUCAGAAGCGGGAUUAGUGAACUUGGAUGAAGACAAUGUGAUGCGACGUUCACUACAAGACAAUGUAAGUUUGGAUUAUCACAAUCAGAAGAAGAUUAUGAUGACUAUCACGUUCGUGUGAUCACGUGAUGAAGAUGUAGUCUACAGCCAUGCCUGAAUUUGGAGAUGGACCUGAAUUUGAAGUGACCUGGACCUUGUUAAUGAUCGACAUCACUACAUGCCGUAAGAUAUGAUGGCGUGAACAUCACAAUAUUUCCAUACUGUGUGCAGUCGUGUUUGAAAAUUAUGGUACCUCAACUUGAAAACUGUUAUUACGGUGAGUCGUUUUCAUACUGGAACCUUAUUGUUAUUGACUUCAUUGGUAUGUGAAUUUUCGUUUCUAAUAAUGAGAAAAUUGCCUUUUUUAAAACCAAAUUGCCGAGACAUAUUGUGUCAAUCCGUGUCAAUCAUACCGCGUUUUCCAAUCUGUUUUCAUCAUCGUCAAAUCUUUGUAUUUUGGUCUAAAAAUAUUUUGAAUUGGUGUAGACACGCUUAACCUGCGUGGUUAAAGUUGUAUUUUCUCACUUCAAACAAAAAGAAAAUUAAUCAUGAAAUGAUAAUAAUUAACUCUAGUUAAAUCACGUGUUUUGUUAUCUACCGUCAUUCAUCAAAUCUUUUUAAACCGAUUGAAAGAAAGUCAUGUGAAUACGAUAAUACAGUGAAUUCUUUUGUUUCAUGUCAAAACUUUGCACGUGGUUCGGCAACUGGUGGAUUGCAAGCGGCAAUCCAAGUGGCGCGGGCUGAGCUGUAGCCGUGUAAAGUGACGACAUCGUGGCAGCGCGUUGUAUACCAGCCGGACUUGCUGCGCCGGCGCUGUUGAAGACCUAAACCAUGUCACAAGACCGUGGUUGAUCUUUUAUUGGAAAUUCUUAUAAGGCCUGGUGAGUCGUAUCUGUUUUACCUGAUUUGAAAGAUGGGAAGUUUUAAUAGGAUACAAACGAAUAUAGUGCAGAAAGUUCUCUUUUGUUAACUUUAGUUAAAUUAGAAAUCGUAAUGAAGUGAAGUAAACAUUGCGAAGUAAAAUGAUUUGGAUUAUGAUUAAGUGAAAUAGACUUGGAAAAAAUGCCUCGAAGCGAAUUGCCUUCUGAGUUAAAUGUUACUGAUUUAGAGAGUGAAUAAGAUGUUACACGGCACACAUACUUUGGUAUUGUUAUUUUCUCUUUUGUUGUUGUGCUGCAUUUCCAGCGUAGUCGUAACUGCAGUCCCGUUAGAGGCUGUUCAGGGCGCGGUGUGCGACUGGAGGUGUGGUGAGUGUGUAGGUCCAUGGGGACCUGGUUUUAGUGGUAUAUGAUUACCUUGUGGAAAUGACCAAUGAUGGUCUGUUAUGAAAGUGGCAAAUGGUUGCCAAUGUUAUCACCGAGUAUUAAGGUGCACUGUGGCUCCAGCGUAGUCGUAACUGCAGUCCCGUUAGAGGCUGUUCAGGGCGCGGUGUGCGACUGGAGGUGUGGUGAUUGUUUAGGUCCAUGGGGACCUGGUUUUAGUGGUAUAUGAUUACCUUGUUGAGAUGACCAAUGAUGGUCUGUUAUGAAAGUGGCAAAUGGUUGCCAAUGUUGACUUAUAACCGAGUAUUUAUGUGCCCGUGUAUGUGUGUGUAUAAUGAACAGUCUAAGAUACUUUUUGUUUUUUUUUUAUCAUUAGUUGUUGAUUGAGGCAUUCUUUCAAACUGUUUACUCUGUGUGGUGAUGCACUCUGGAAAUCCACUUGAUGGAUAUGCGUACUGAAGUCUCAUGUAGAGUCACAAGUAGAGCUCAUGUAGAGUCACAAGUAGAGCUCAUGUAGAGUCACAAGUAGAGCUCAUGUAGAGUCACAAGUAGAGCUCAUGUAGAGUCACAAGUAGAGCUCAUGUAGAGUCACAAGUAGAGCUCAUGUAGAGUCACAAGUAGAGCUCAUGUAGAGUCACAAGUAGAGCUCAUGUAGAGUCACAAGUAGAGCUCAUGUAGAGUCACAAGUAGAGCUCAUGUAGAGUCACAAGUAGAGCUCAUGUAGAGUCACAAGUAGAGCUCAUGUAGAGUCACAAGUAGAGCUCAUGUAGAGUCACAAAUAGAGCUCAUGUAGAGUCACAAAUAGAGCUCGGACGAGUCCUUUAUAGAGUCUCAUGUCAGGUCAGGAAUGACCGAGCGAACUUGGAUACUGUGCUGUGGUAUAUUGUUUCAGAUUAACACACGAGGACGUGUGUCACGCAGGAUGGCCGUGUCGGCGUUAGUUAUGAAUUAAGAAGAGAAAUUGAUCAAAUCGGAAAAUAAAAUGAAGUUACAUCACUUCCGUUAUGAAGUUGCAACGCUCCGACGAAAGGUGGCGUACGGCCAGAGCUGCGUGAAAUCGAGGGAGUCACUACAGAGUCGUCGUGUCGAGCGGACGUGCACUGCCGUUCUAGUCGGGCAGUCUACCGCGAACCUUCGUCGUGAACGGACGUGUCGAAUAAUUACGAUCGGAACGUGGAGUGCUAUAGUCGCUCACCUAUAACUUGUAGGGACGUUAAGAAAGUGUGAUCGGAAAAGAGCACCUAGCAAGUACGUUCACAUGUCCCGAUGAUUCGGUCCGAAUGUUGGAACCAUGGGUGGUGGAGGGCCCCUUCGCGCUAACGUCCUUAUGCGCGCUAGAUAACGAGAGACUGUGUAACCGUUACGAAUACUGUGACGUUGCCGUGAGUGUGUACCUUAUGCUGUGACUUUAUUUAAUCGUGAUACAAAAACUAUGUGGAAGUAAAUAAAAUGAUUGUGAUACUGA